AUGUCCUUGUUUGGAACAUCGCCGACUGACGACAACCCUGGAUUGGGCUCGUCCAGUGGCCCGACUCGUGGCGGCAGCGCCGGUCUCUUCGAUGACGACGUCCCAUCAAGGCCAUCCUCCAACAGCCUCUUUGCCGAUGACGAUGGCCCUCACGGUUCGCCUUGGGGUAUGCCCUCGCCGCGCAAGCCGCAGAGCCGCGCCGACCUGAUCCGCAACCUCCUCCCCGCGAGCGAUGUGCCAGACACCUAUAUCGAGACCUUCGACACGGUAGUGCGCGAAGAUGGUACCAACGGCCGGGUCACAGCUGGAGGCAUCGCAAAGCUCUUUGCCACAGCGAGACUCGGUGCUGAUGCCCAAGCUCGCAUCAUGUCUCUCGUGGCUCCCGGUGGGGGGGAUGUGACGCUGGAUCGAAACGAGUUUAAUGUGUUGUUGGCGCUGGUGGGCUUGGCACAGGAGGGCGAGGUCAUCAGCCUUGAUGGUGUUGAUGAACGACGACGACACCUCCCACAACCCAAGCUUGCCGGCCUUACUGCAGAGCCCGUCCUACCUCCAGUUACUGAACUUUCAGCGAAGCCUCCUCAGACGCCUCCGAAAGAUACGCCGAUUCAGCAUACACCUACGCCACCUGUGCAGGUACAGCAACAACCCAAGCAGUUCCGACCAGCCAUGGAUGACCCCGAAGACGACCCGUGGGGCAGCCCGGACAUGCACAAGGCCCAUCAUCACGGACCUCCCAGGUCCAACGGCGCCCAGAGCCACAACACAAACGGUCAUACAGGCUUUGGCGAGACACCUCCGACGGCGGAAAUCGCUGCUCCGGCUAUUGCGCACAUCGCUGAGCCCCCUGCCGCGCCUCCGAAUGGCGGAAGACAAAAUAGCAGCAACUCGGUGACGACGCCUAGCGGCUGGGGAUAUUUCGAUGGGCACAACACUGGUGUAGGCGGCUUCGGUGAAUCUCCAGCUGGACCUGUCCAAAAUCCUUUUGGCACCGCGCCCGAUCCCACGCCCAGUACGCAGGGUCCUCCAGGCCUUCCGCAUCAUACGAGCAGUGGCAGGACCGGCCACAGUUUGGAGGAGAAUGUCGUUGUUGUUCUCAUGCCAGAGAAGGAGGGCAUGUUCAUGUUCCAACACCACAACUACGAAGUGUCUAGUCUGCGACGCGGCAGCAAGGUCAUUCGUCGAUACAGUGAUUUUGUCUGGCUACUGGAUUGUCUACACAAGAGGUACCCUUUCCGGGUACUGCCUCUUCUGCCACCCAAGCGGGUGGGUGUAAACGGAAGUCAUCUUUCAAAUGACGGUGCCUUUAUUGAGAAGCGAAGAAGGGGUCUGGCGAGAUUCUUAAACGCUCUUGUCAGGCAUCCUAUCUUGAGCCAAGAGCAACUCGUCGUCAUGUUCUUGACGGUCCCUACAGAUCAGGAGUUGUCUGUCUGGCGAAAGCAAGCUACCAUCUCCGUCCAGGACGAGUUUACCGACCGCGCACUGCCUCCGGGUCUGGAGGAUUCGUUGCCACCCACGCUAGAGGAGUUGUUUGUGCGAACUCGGGCUGGCGUCAAGAGGUCGGCUGAGCUUUACAUCAAUGUGUGCAACAUUAUGGAUCGCCUCGUCAAGAGAACUGAAGGCGUGGCUGCUGACCACGCCCGAAUCGCCUUGUCCCUGGCAUCUCUAACUGAGGUAUCAGGGGAUACGUACGCAACCGAUACCAACGAAGUACCUCUCCUCAAUGACGGGCUGGUCGCCAUGAGCAAGCAUCUACGGACGUGCCAGGCGCUGAUGGAGGACGAAAGCCGAGGCUGGGACGAGGGUGUGCUGGAGGACCUGAAGCGCCAGAGAGACGCCCUUGUGAGCGUGCGUGAGUUGUUUGACCGCCGGGAACGACUGGACAAAGACAACAUUCCCUACCUGGAGAGGAGAAUUCAGACCAACGAAGCUAAACUCACCAACUUGAGGUCAAAGCCGGAGGGUACGGUCAAGGCGGGCGAAAUUGACCGGAUAGCAGAGAGCAUUAUCAAGGACAAGGAGUCUAUUGUUCAGCAACAUAACCGGUCCAUCUUUGUCAAAGAGUGCCUUCGCGACGAGCUCCUCACGUUCCAGUCAACGCAGUACCACGUCAGCCGAUGGAAUCAGGACUGGGCGGGCGAGCGAGUUAAGUAUGCCGAGAUGCUCGCUGACAACUGGCGGAGGUUACUGGAUGAGCUCGAGGGCAUGCCGCUGGGUGACUAG